AUGUUCUUUCUCGUACGCGAAGCAUUAUCGCUACGCCAGAAAGUGGUGACCACACGUCAAUCCGUGAUUUUUCUCCAGCGAUGCAAGACGAAUGGGCUGAUUCCUAAGUUCAUUUCAAAUAAGAAAAUAGGUACUGCGUGCAAUCUUCCUGAGAAUCAUCCUAAGAUCUGUAAUAUUUAUCGAUCCAUCUUAGGAAUUGUAAUUAAGGAAAAACAGCAUGUAUUGUACUCAUCAUUGUUGAAAUGUAUUUCGAAAGAACAGGCCUGUCGUCGUCUUCUACCUGAACAAGUAUGGAGGAGGAUUGAAAGUGGAUCUAGAGCGAUCUGCGAUUCUAUUCGGUCUAGCGUCAGCUCGACCCUGCGCGUAAAGUACGAUAGACUUUUGGGUAUGGAGAGUGGAAACCAUUCCAACAAUGGAAGUAGUCCACGUAGACUCCACCGAGCAAUUGACACAACAGCUCCAAAUGCUGUUAAUAAUCAAGGGGCAAGAGUAACGGUACUCGACAACAUUCAUUUGUCCGAUAAUGUGUUGACUUUCUGA